AUGCAGAAGUCUGAUCAUCAUGAGCAAAAGCUAACUUCACCAAGAGGGUUAAUCCAUAAGAUACUUCGUCGUACAAAUAGCAGGCGUUCUCCCACUGCAGCUGAUCAACAACCUUCUCCUGUAUCUCCAGAAACAAGCAACUCAUCAAUAUUCUCAAAGCAAAAGGAUGCUGAUGAUGCCAUCAAGGAUUCAGAAAAGCCGAGCACACAUACUAUCAGAAUUGAAGAUGAGAAAUCUGAUUUGCUAGGGUAUGAAGUUUAUUCUGGGAAGCUUACAUUAGAUAACAAAGCAAAAAAUUCAUCGAGUGAACAGUCUGGAUCAGGGUCUAGUAGCAAUUGCUUUGAUGCCAGGCUCAGCACUGAAGCCCUUAUAUGGGGUUCUAACAUCCUUAAGCUUGAGGAUAUUGUAUCUGUAUCAUAUAAUUCUGGUCUCCGGCAUUUCACCGUGCAUGCGUGUCCUCUUGAAAAAAGAUCCAGUGGACUCUCCUGCUUUAUGAAGCCUAGAAGAACCCAAAAGGACUUGAAGUUCGUAUCCACUUCUCCGCACGAGGCCUUUCGGUGGGUUAAUAGUUUUGCGGACCAGCAAUGCUACACAAACCUGUUGCCUCACCCCAUGGCAUCUAGCAAGAAGCAUUCUUCUGAACUCAUUCAGUUUGAUGCCAUGUUUGAUCCUUAUGUUAAAUGUCGGUCUCCACCAAAGAUACUUGUCAUCUUGAACCCUCGAUCUGGACAUGGUAGAUCUAGCAAAGUUUUUCAUGGAAAAGUGGAACCCAUAUUUAAGCUUGCAGGUUUCAAGAUGGAAGUGGUAAAAACUACACAUGCUGGUCAUGCAAAGUCCCUUGUAUCAACUAUUGAUUUUAGUACCUGUCCUGAUGGUAUUGUAUGUGUGGGUGGUGAUGGAAUUGUAAACGAGGUUCUCAAUGGUCUUCUAUGCAGAGAUGAUCAAAAUAUGGCUGCCUCUGUUCCAAUAGGUAUAAUACCUGCUGGGUCUGAUAACUCACUUAUUUGGACAGUCUUGGGUGUCAAGGAUCCAAUUUCUGCAGCAUUGUCAAUUGUCAGGGGAGGUCUUACACCUAUUGAUGUUUUUUCUGUUGAAUGGAUUCAAAGUGGGACUAUGCAUUAUGGCACAACCGUAUCAUAUUUUGGUUUUGUUAGCGAUGUUCUUGAGCUCUCAGAGAAAUAUCAGAAGCAUUUUGGUCCUUUACGAUACUUUGUAGCUGGUUUUCUCAAAUUCCUGUGUUUGCCAAAGUACAGUUUUGAAUUGGAAUAUCUUCCAGUGUCAGAUGUCAAUGGUGCUGAGCAUAAAAUUUUGGUAGGACAAGAAAAGGUCGAUGCAUCUGAUCUAUAUGAUGAUGUAGUUCAGAGAUCAAGAGCAGAAUGUUUACCACGCGCCUCAAGUUUAUCUAGCAUUGAUUCAAUAAUCAUUGAUUCAAUAAUGUCUGGGGCAGAGCUGGAGGUUUGUAGUCCUCGUGCAAAUAAUGAACCUUCUGAGGUUGUUCGUGCACUUGACCCGAAAUCAAAGCGCUUAUCAUUAGGGAGAGGGAGCACAUUUAAAGAACCAGAAGAAGUGCUUCAUCCCCAUUCCCAUGGUACAUCUACUCCCAACUGGCGUCGAUCUAAGUCAAAAUCAAGGACUGAAAAGGCAAGGCCAGGCUUGUCUGCUACAAAUGAUGCAAAAUCCUCUAAGGUUAACGCAGACAAAGAGGACACGUCGUCCACAAUUUCUGAUCCUGGACCUGUGGCUGUAUGGGAUUCAGGACCAAAGUGGGACGAUGGACCUAAAUGGGAUAAUCAACCUAACUGGGAACCUGAGACUUCAAUUGAGCUCCAUAGUCCUCGCGAGGACAUUGAGCUUGGUCUGACUAAGGAGCUGGUACCGAGCUUAGAUGAAAGAUGGACAGUUAGGAAAGGGCGCUAUCUUGGUGUACUGAUGUGCAACCAUUCAUGCAAGACUGUGCAGAGUCUGAGCUCUCAGGUUGUUGCUCCCAAGGCUGAAUAUGAUGACAAUUGUUUGGACCUGCUGUUAGUUGGUGGACGUGGAAGACUGAGAUUACUGAGAUUUUUGGUGCUUUUGCAGUUUGGAAAGCACAUAUCUCUUCCAAAUGUAGAAUAUGUAAAGGUGAAGUCUGUGAGGCUCAAGGCAGGCCCAAAUACACACGAUGGAUGUGGUAUUGAUGGCGAACUACUCCAUGUCAAGGGGCAAGUUCGCUGUAGUUUGUUGCCUCAACAAUGCCAAUUGAUGGGCCGGCCAGUGAAAAACCCUGUACAGUAG